UUCCAUUAUGGCUGCCACGGACAAAGUGCGAAUUUUGGUUGUAGGAGAUUCAGGAGUUGGUAAGACAUCCCUUGUACAUAUGAUAUGUCACAAUGAGCCAAUGUUAAACCCAAGUUGGACCAUAGGAUGUUCUGUAGAUGUCAAGUUGCAUGAUUACAAAGCAGGGACACCAGCAGAAAAGACAUAUUUUAUAGAGCUGUGGGACAUAGGAGGAUCUUCAAGUCAUAAGAAUAGCAGAUCCAUAUUUUAUAGCCCUGUUAAUGGUAUCAUUUUAGUCCAUGAUUUAUCAAAUAGAAAAUCACACCAGAAUCUCAGAAAGUGGCUGGCGGAAAUCUUAAAUAAAGAAGGAAAGGGCAUAGAAAAUGGUUACUAUGAUGACUACGAUCCAGAGCAGUUUGCAGGAAAUCAGAUUCCAAUAUUAGUGAUUGGUACAAAGGCUGACCUGGCAGAGACUGUGAAGAAGGAAACACUUUUAUCAAGAAUGUCAUCAAUAGCAGAGGAAUGUUGUGCAGAUGAAAUAAAUCUUGCAUGCAAUCAAGUAAAAUAUCUGGCACCAGGAUCAAGCAAUGCAGUCAGGCUUAGCAGAUUUUUUGACAAGGUUCUAGAGAGAAGAUAUCAUUCUAGCAACAAUUUACAGACUUCCCAGUCACCAGUAGUAGACAGGCGGCGCCCUGCAAUGCAUUACAGUAAAUCUUCGCAUGUGGAUUGAAACCCAUACAGUACAGAAAGCAUGAAACUAUACUGACAUAUUGUAAAAGAGUUAGGUAUUCAAAUUUAAUGUAGUGGAUACUUAACUUGUAUAAUGUCAGAGUGACAAGUUUAAACAGUUGGAAUCAAGUUACAGAUUCUUGGACAUGCUACCUAAUGAGUUACCAAUAAGUGGAAGUGGCAAACAUGUAACAAUAGACUUCAGAAUAUAGGCAGAUUUAACUGACAGAAGACCUGUUUUAAUUCACUCCUUUAACUUAAAUUCACAAUAUAACAGGUACAUCAUAAAAUUAGUUCCAGUUUGGUUAUAUAUAGAAUCAUGAUUUUAAACUUGGAAUGUAUAUAAGAUUUCUGCUGGACAGAUUCUUUCUCCAAUGUAAUUUUACUGCAUAGAAAUUGUACAUUGUAAAAGGAAUAAAGGUGCUGUUUAAACUUAA